AUCCUUUCGUCCCUGCCGUCACCGUGCACUCCGUUCCCUUGGGCUACCACUCACCCUCACAGUGGCAUUCGACCACGUCGUCUUGCCGUCAUCCCUCCACUUUGCGCGCGCUGCCUGUUAUACUUGCUCAUGCACCCCUCUUCCGCGUCCCCCUCCCGCUUCGCACAUCACCUUCACGCCUACGAGCACGACAGAUGCAGGAGACAACUUCCGACCUGGAGCUGGCUGCGCGAGAGCCUGAACGCCAGGAUGUCACUCUGGACAACCCGCCGGCAGUUGCUCCGCCCGCACUUCUGCCUCAGCAGGCGCAGAAAGGCGGUUGCGCUGCCUGGUGGCACCAUACAAAGAAGUAUGCUUGGAUCGUCGUUCGACAUACGACAAAGCAUACAGGGGUUGGAAUUGUGUGCGCCGUUGCGUACUUCGAUCCGGGUAAUUGGGGAGUUGACCUGCAGGCAGGGUCUGAGUAUGGGUACAAGCUGCUCUUCGUAGUGCUCCUUGCGGGCAUAUUCGCCAUCGUCUUCCAAACGCAAGCAUCUCGUCUCGGUUGCGUCACCGGAAUGGAUCUUGCGUCCCACUGCCGUCUGCUACUCUACGACCGCCCAAAACACAAACUUCUAUGGCGCUGGCUCGCGCUGUACCCGCUAUAUGCGCUCUCCGAAAUCGCCAUCGUGAGCACCGACCUCGCCGAGCUGCUAGGGUCAGCAAUCGCGCUCUGCCUCUUGUUCCCGAAACUCCCGUUGUGGGCGGGCGUCCUGAUCACUGCAUCCGAUGUGUUGUUCCUGCUCGCGCUCCGGGACCCCAUCCGGGGCCAACCGGUCAGGCUCUUCGAGCUCAGCAUCGCUAUUCUUGUAUCCGUUGUCCUUAUAUGCAUGGCCAUCAUCAUCUCUAAGGCACGUGUACACUGGGAGGAUGCGUUUGACGGCUUCCUGCCGUCGAAGACGCUCUUUCAAUCUGGCGCGCUUUACACAUCGAUCGGGAUCAUAGGAGCGACAGUCAUGCCUCACAGCCUGUUUCUAGGGUCCGCUUUGGCGACUCAAGAUAGGAUGUCGAUUAGGGAAGCGACAUCAAUGGCCGAUGUUCGGAUAACUGUGGACUCGACAGACUCGAUGGUAUCGGAGACGACCACUCUGUCAGACUCUAGAGCUCCCUCUCCCCAGUCAGCGAAACAUGACAUGCGCUGUUGCUUUCGAUCGUUUGCUGCGGCAGCCCGCCGGCACCUUCGCCUCGUACAGAUCGACGGCCAUCCGGACGAGCCAAAGUCGCAUGCAGAACGCGAGAAUAAUCCGUACUAUUUCGUGCGCGCGCACCUGUACCACGGCAUCGUGGAUAUGGUCAUCUCGCUGCUGGGAUUGGCGGUGGUGAUCAAUGCAUUGAUCCUGACCUUGUCGAGCGCAGUCUUCUUCGACGGCCGUAACGGAUCGCGAACCCCGGCGAGCCUGUUUGACGCGUACGCGCUGUUGCAGGACGAACUUGGAAAGGGCAUCGCUAUCAUGUUUGCCUUAGCACUGCUCGCAUCCGGGCAGAGCGCGUCCAUCAUCGCGACACUCGCAGGCCAGAUCGUCUCCGAAGGCUUUAUCCGCUGGAAAGUCUCGCCUAUCAUGCGCCGCUUCCUCACGCGCUGUCUCGGCCUCAUUCCCGCUCUGCUGGUCGCCGCCGCGGCAGGGCGGCCGGGGAUAGACACGCUCCUAGUCGCGUCCCAGGUUGUGCUGUCGAUUGUGCUCCCGUUCAUCGUGUUUCCCCUCCUAUGGUUCACUUCGUCCAAGUCGAUCAUGAGCGUGAAGAAACCGCUGGAGCGGGUCGCUUCGCAGGAUACCUCAACCCAGGGUGCGUUGUCCACACAGGACCCCAUGAGCGUGGAAGCGCAGGUGGCGAUGGUCGACUUUUCGAAUGGGAAAGUCAUGGUUGUGGUUUCGUACGCGAUCUGGCUCGUUAUAGUGAUAGCGAAUGUGUAUGCAAUCGUCGGACUCGCGAUGGGGCAAGGCGGUUGACCGUCCCCUUCGCCUUCAGUGCCUUCCUUGCCGCGCAUUACUAUCAUAGCAGCAGCAUACAACUUUGUCAAUCUCCCUUUCGGACUUGGAUUAUCACAUUGGAUGUAACAUAG